GACAACAAUUGACCUGAAAUUGACCCGAACCGAAUAGACCCGACCUAAACCCGAUCUGAUCCCGAUAACUUUUGACCCGAACUUGACCCGAACCGAAUAGACCCGAAGUGUUAUGGGUCAACCCAUAACCCAUCCGGUGACCCGAUUUGACACCUCUAAUUAUACGUAGUAGAAAAAUAAAGUUCAACAGUAUGGUCAUACAAAGGGGAGAGGAGCAUACUCCAUGUCUGUUGGGCCACUAUUACCAAUUAUCAUUACCAUCGUGUUCAUCCUUUUCUGAAAAUAAAAACAAGGGUUGGCAGCAAGAGUUCACGUAAAUACAACCAAAAAUAAAAGAAGUAUGUUUGAUACUCGGGUCUACCUUAUUAUCAAAGAAAAAAAAAAGACAAAAAGAAAAAAAAAGAAAAAAAGGGGUACAUGUUCACGUGAAAGUGAAAAGAGAAAGGAAAGAAGAGGCAAAACUGGUAUGGCCAUUCAUCAUCAUUAUUAUUAUUUUUCAUUAUAUAUAAUAGAGGAAAACAAUAGAAGAAGACAAACAAAUAGAGGAAAACAAGCAAAUUGGCAAGGUCACGUGGAUGAAAAAUAAAAACAAGGACAUUGGGCGCCACCAUCAUAUCAAUCAUCAUUUACAACAGGUACGAAGCACAAUACAUAAGUCCCGGAAAGAAGACAAGAACAACGAAAAAAAAACCACGUAAGCAUACUUACAAGCAUAUACAGAAAUCAACCACAGCUUCAAAAAAAAUAUAUAGUUUGAAAGUUCGAGGUUUCUAAAAAAAUAGGCCUGAGACUGUACAAUCCCGAGUCGUAUCUCACGGUAGCGGACUCUCCGGCGACGGCGAUGACUCUCCAUUGGGUUGUUCUUCCGUGGUGCCUUCAAACAGCAAUAGACAACUUCUCGGUUCCACCUUCUCGGACUAAAGGACAAUUUCUAUCGGACUCAAGGACAACUCCUAUCGGACUCGCGGGCGGCUUCUAUUGGACUCACGGGCAGCUCCGAGCUACGAACGUUCAGAGCUGUGAAUAUGGACGAAGGGCGGCGGAGCACGCGAUCAAGAAAAUGGAGAGGGAGAGGAUGGAGAAGCUGAAAAAGAAGGAGGAGAAGGAGAAGUCCCAGAAAGAAAAGGAGGCGGCGGAGAAGAAAACCGAGGGAGAUUCUCAUUAAGGCUAAAGCAGAUUCUAAGUCUGGCAGUUUCUUUGACAGCUUCUUGAGAAAUAAAUGUACACUGUACUCAAGUGAAUCAGUUUGUCCUGUAUAGUUUGCCAAGAUUGAGUACAAUCUUGUUGAUGAACUAAAUCCUUGUUGUAUCGCAAGUCCCUAGUCUGUGAUUCUGUUAUAUACAAUUGUGUUUGGUUCGUUCAGAAACUGUCAUAUUAGCGUUAU